AUGUCCGACGUCCCACCAACCGAGCCCAUUCCCAAACCAGAGGAACCUAAAGCACCAGCCCCUGCACCUCAGUUCCAGCAAGUCCAAUCUCAAUCCAAAUUACUACCAAUUCCAAUACAAAUCGAAGAAGGUCUGAACCGCUUACGCAAAGAGUAUGCUACAGCUCCAAUUGAGAGAAAGUUGUUGCUAAAUUCAGUAAAAAUAAUGUUUAUGUUAGAAUGUUAG